GGCAUGGCCCGGGGACUCCUUCCCCUGCUCCUCGUGCUUGUCUUAAUUAUUGAAAUACAGUGCAAAAAUGAUACUGAGGCUCUAAUACACAUAAUGCACAAUAAAUUAAUUACAAGGAGGAACAUUGCUAAGAGGGAAAUUCUGUGUAACCAGGAUGAAUACAAUUUAGGUGAUCGUUGUUGCAAGAAAUGUGAACGUGGUUUUGUUAAAAAUACUGACUGCCCAACAAAUAUUAGCGAACACUGUGUUCUAUGUGAAAAAGGAAAGUUGUACAUGGAUCACGUCAAUGAUUUGGACGAGUGUUUGAGAUGCAAUGCAUGUGACAGCAUGUUCGGUUUGGAGGUUGCAAAGAACUGUACCCCAACACAGAACACGGAAUGCACCUGUGCUAAGAACCAUUUUUGCAAUUCUGCACCAUGUAGGGAUUGUGAUCCAUGCACCAUAUGUGAAAGUGGUGUAAUUGAAAAACAAUGUACUUCAACUUCAGACACUGUGUGCGGAAUGAAAGAAACAGGAAUACCAUGGUGGGCCACUGCUUUGAUAAUUGUGUUAGCACUACUAGCAAUAGCUGGAAUAAUAUUCUUGUGCAAGAGAAAACAGAAGGGGCUUACUAGCAAGGAGAACCUAUGUGAAGUAGUAUCCAAAAAAGAGGUUUCUUAUGAGAAUAUACCUCUCAUAUACACAGAUGUUGACCUGAGCAGCCAUGUUGCUGGUAUUGUGGAGGAGAUGACACUCCAAGAAGUCAAGACAUUUGUUCGUAAUCACAAAAUACCAGAACCUGUCAUAGAUCAAACUGUUCGGGAUUAUUUUAGUGAUACAUCUGAACAGAAGAUUAAGCUGUUUCAAGUCUGGUAUCAGAGACAUGGGAUAAAAGGAGCCUAUGGAACCCUAAUAAGGAGCCUGAGAGAGUUUAAAAUGUGCGCUGCAGCUGAUAAAAUUGAGGAAAAACUGAAGGCAACUGUUUCCAGCUGUCAGGAAGGGGGACAAUCUUCUAAUGAUGACACUGAGCAAAGCAAAACCUGCACUCAGGAAGGUAGAAACUCUUACAAUGAUGGUGCUGAGCAAAGUAACACCUAUUCUGGUAGUUUGGAAGAGACAUAGCACAGAGUCAUUUGAAAAUUAUUUCUGACUGAAUUAGUAUUUUUCUAAUA